CGGUGGGUGUUGACAAAGUCUCACAAUAGACGAGCAGGAAAUGGGAGGAGUACGACAUGACUGAGCCGUGGUAAAUCUUAUUGUCUGUUCAUAACGGCAAAGGCCAUGAAGAUGAGCUUGCCAUGCGUUCUCCUUCUCAUUCAGCUCAUUGAAGCCUGUGCGGAGUUGAUCUUUCGUCAGCAGACGGACGGCCAGUCCCUGGAGCUCUCCUGCUCCCCUCAGCUGCAGCGCGGCGCUCCCACCGGCCUCCACCUGUACCACCGCGGCGCCCGCAGCCAGACCACCCUGCUGUCCAUGGCCGAGGGCGGCGGCGGCCCGAGGCUCAACGCGGAACACGUGGGCCGCCUCAGGCUCGCCGGAGGCCUGGACAGCCGGCAGGUCAACGUGACCGUGGCCCUUUUGCAGCCCAGUGACACGGGCCUCUACGUGUGGGAGCUGAGCUACGGACGGGGGAACCGCUCUGAGCAGAUGGUCCUCGGUGCUCCGACGGUGUUCUUGUUGGUUGAAGGCGCAGGAGGGUCCUGCCGGUGCUCAGCCAGUUACCCUCUUCUGCUCCUGAUCAUCUUUACCGUAGCGGGGCUUCUUCUGCUCACACUCGGCCUGCUGGCCUUGGAGAAAUGUGUGAAGUCCCGGCAUCAUCACAGACCACAACCCCCUGUUCCCAUCUACGAGGAAAUGACCUGCAAGCAGCGCAGUCCGGUGGCCCCCAAAAAUAACCCUGAGGCCCCCUCACACCUGGAGGAAGUAAACUUCCCCGCGUACGCCAACACGGACAUCCGGCAGCCACAGGACAACUACUACGCAUGUCCCAGGCAGCUCGCCCUCAGGGCCUGAGGUGACUCGGUGGAGCAGAUGUCAACAGGAUGUGACAUCAGCGCCUCUGCAAACACACGAUGAGACGCUCAGGAUAUAUAUAUAUAUAUAUAUAUAUAUAUAUAUAUAUAUAUAUAUAUAAAAUCUAAAAUGGGUUUAGUGAUGGAAAAAAAACACCCAAUUGCCCAUCUUUAACAGCCAAGAAAAAAAUGCUAUUUUAUUAAUAUUUCAAAGAAGCUCCAUAGUUCAUGAAAACAUUUGUUUCGGUGCAUGUCAUUUAACAAUCACAUUCUAUGAGGAGAAAGAGAUAUACAGAGAGAAAAAAAACAAAAAACAUUACAAGCCACUGACUUUUCAUUAAAUCUCAGUACAGACAUUUUUACUCAAUAUUCCAAAUAAAAAAGGCAAAAAAAUGAAGAGGAAAAAAAGCAGCCCUAAUCCAACACCCACCGCCCUCCCAAAAAAACCCUUAACUCAGAAAACAAACCCUUGAGGGUGACAGGCUAGAAUCCCACAGUGCUAACGAGUGAGACGCUCAUUGGUUUUAGGAAUACACAGCAUGGCGAUGUGGCGCUAUAGGUCAAUCUGAAUGGGGAGAAGGAAGCUGGAGGCAGAGAGCUUUACAUGAAUCAACUCGCCCCUGCGCGCCCUUCACAAUAAAAUAAAAAACACAUUGGAUCCCAAAAACCCAGCAACAGAUGAGCCACUUAGAAGUAGGCCAUAAAAUCCCCCCCCCC